GGGAAAUCUGCCAUUUGCAUUUCAUUUCCCGUUACAAAAAACAAACUCCGACACAUUCUGUAAACGAAGAUGAUAAUGAAUCUAGGAUUUAAAAAAAGUAUCUCUUCUUAACAGUUCUCAAAUGUAAGAUUAUAAAAAUGGCGGAUCCCAAAUCUGCCACACCCAGAAGAAGGCCAUGCAUACCACACUCGCAGCUACUGCUACUGGUCGCAGCUCUUUACUCCGCAGUUCACACCCACCUCUCCCAAAAGAAAAUAUUAGAUAAAGCAAAAACAAACAAACGUUCUUCCCUUCCUUUCAUUGCCCUCUUUAAUUCUCCCAACCGCCACCAAUCAGUCUCCCCCAAUUCCCCCAUCUUCUCCACAGUUUCUCAACCUGAACCAUCCAUCCAUCUCCAUUUCCCCCUUUCCCUUCCCUCCAAUUUGCUCCAGCAAUGGUUCCCCAUCUCCUUCUCUUCCUUCUCCUCAUCUCCACUUCUUCCCUCUCGGGAAUUGAAUCAGCAGCAGCUACUCUCAAGCUCACCAACCGCUGCCGGCAACCCAUCUGGCCGGAAAUCCUCCCCGGCGCCAGCUCCCCUCUCCCGUCGGGGAAAUCCAGGACGAUCCCCAUCCCAAAGGGUUGGUCCGGCCGCAUUUGGGGUCGGACCCUCUGCGAGACAUCCGCCGCAGAUUGCGGCAGCGCCGGGAAGGCGGAGCUCAGCCUCGACGGCGCCAACGCGCCGGCCACUUCAGUGGAGCUCGCUCUCGACGGCGCCGGCGGUCUGGAGUAUUCUUACGGCGUGAGCUCGGUCGACGGGAGCGACGUCCCCGUGGCGGUGUUGCCGAAUAAAGUAGGUCCGACCCGCGGGGGUUGCGGGCGCGCGGUUGGCCCGAACCCGACGGCGGCGCGUGAGGAGGGGGAUGUCGCGUGUAAUGACACCGGCAGCAUUGCUACUACCCAUACCGACCAUGUCGUCGUAUUCUGCCCCAAGCCGUAUUCCAGCGGGGAAGUUGUGGGAAGGAGGAGAGGCAGGAGGGUACCAUUGUCACUGGUUAACAAGACGACAACGACAACAGCCUGGCCAAGCAGGCAUCCGAAUGGUGCUGCUCUCUCUUCAGCUGCUGACAUCAACUUGGAUUUCACCGAAGCAGCCACCACAUCGAGCCCAGCUGAUCAUCAAGAGUCAAACGGGAGAGGUGAUGAGAUGAUGACGCCGAAGAUGGUAAUGGAGCCGGUGAAGGUGGUGGAGAUGAGAAUGAUGCUGAAUGACCAGAGGAGGAGGCUCAACAGCUUCCAGAUGUGUGCAUUGUGCACUUGCUGUGGCGGCGGAAGUGGUGGUUCCAAACAUUACUGCCUGCUCUCUCCAUGCUGCUAUGCAAUCAACUGCAACAUUCCAAACAAGCCCUUUGGUUUCUGCUCUUUCACUCCCAGGGCCUGCAAUUGCUUUGGAUGCCAUGUCUAGCUAGCUUAGCAAAGCUUGCCCUCUUUCAUUUUUGUUUUAUCUUAUAUUUUAGGUCAUUAUUAUAGUGGUAUUAUAAUGUGGAGGGAUGGAUUAAGGAAGAAUAUCUGUUGUUUGAUUAGAUUUUGAUUUGUUUGGAGUAUUAAUCAAAUAAUAAUUGCCUGUUUCU